AUGUCGGACGAGUUGAUGAUGAAGCUGGCGCGCAACCUGCACAACUCGGAACGCGUCCGAUCGUCCCUCGUCCGUCUCCUCUCGCUCGACGUCGCCCACGCACAAUUCCGACGUUUCGGAGUGCGACGACUGGCGAAAAAGUACGUGGACGACCGCGAAUUGGGCCGCGUGGCUCACGAUCUCCUCGACAAAAUCCGACGUCUUCAAGAGGAGGAAGAAAAAGAGAAUCGGAGAGAGAGUGGGACCGAUUCGAAAUGGAGCGCACUCGCAUUUACUCGUUUUCCAGAGCAGAGAAAGCGACGUUUGAGCACGGAAAACGAGGAGGGCAAGUGCAAAAAGUGGAGGUGCGAACUGGACGUUCCGUCGCUGAGUCCGGAGUCGAAACGGGAAGAGAAAAAGGGAAAAGUGGACGUGUCGAGUGAGUUUUUGAGAAUUUCAAAUAAUGGGAAAUUGCAUGCUCUACAACUUUGUAAUUGACAUUUUUUUUACAAACUUUUCUGGGAGCCGAGACAUAUUGAUUGACUUUUGUGAAAAGCACCGGCGUGGCAAAAAGUGAAAAUAUCUCGAUUCCCAGUAAGUUUUGUUGAAAACGGUCAAUUACAAAGUUGUAGAGCACAAAAUUGUCUAUCGGUUGGUUUUUUAGUGGAAAUAUCUUGACGCCCACGCGUUUCUACAAAGUUGGUAAGCACAAAAUGAUCUAUCGAUUUGUUUUUUUAACUUGUUAACUGCAAAAAUCUUGUUGCAGAACUGCAAAACGUGCCGGAGAGUGAGUACGACGCGGUCCGUCCGAUUUUGGUGACGCUCUCCGCGAAAGAGCUGAAGGCGUUCAUGGACCGCAACCCGCAAAUCGAGAAGAUCGCCGACGGUCUGUUCCGACGGCACUGCCAGGUGGACUGUCCUGAAGAGGUGGAUCGGAAGGAGGUCGGCGAGAAGUGGCGUACGCUUCACGACGUGCACACCAACUGGAAGAUGUACGAGGAGACGAAGCACUGGCAACAGCACCUCGAGGACGAUCUCGCCCGGCAACAGGUACUGACACACUUUUCGAUGCGGAAUUCCGAUUUCCGACUUCCGCCUUUUCAAAAUAUCGCUUCUGCUUAAGUUGACUCUGUUUGCAAUACGGAAUUCCGGCUUCCGGUUUUCAAAAUUUUACGAGAUUGCAGAAUUCAUUACAAGAAUACAGGAAAUUUAUUUUUUUUUGCAGAUGAAAUUCAAAUCGACGCUGGAAUACCUGCAAUCAUCGGAUACCCAGUGA